AUGCAGAGGGUGCUGGGCGCCGCGCUGCGGCGCUGGGAGGCGGUGGCUGCGGCUCGGCGGAGCGGGCGGGCCGGGCUCAGGCUCCUAGCGGAGGCGGGCCGGCGUAAGGCCGCGUUACUAUGGCAGCCAGUGAGCGGUGGCGGGGCUCCGCCAACCGGAAGUGACGCGCCGGAAGGCGGAAGUGGCGGGAAAUGCGGCUGCGCUCUUAGCUGGCGCAGGGGGAAGCACGUGGCGGUCGCGGCCCAGGCCGGACUCGACGCGCCCGGCCUCCUGCCCAUGGUGGAGACAUUCUGCGCGCGGGCGAUGCGCGUGGCCGAGGCUGACCUGGUGCAGCAGCUCCGCAGCGUGCGGCCCGCGAAGGAGAAGCGGCAGUGGGUGCACGGCAUCCUGGAAACCAUCCAGCGCUGCAGCCACGUCCUGGAGGUGUCCAUCCCCGUAAAGCGGGACAGCGGCCACUGGGAGGUGAUCGAGGGCUGGCGGGCCCAGCACAGCCAGCACCUCCUGCCCUGCAAAGGGGGGGUUCGGUUUUGUGAGUCAAUUGGCAUUGAUGACGUAAAAGCCCUGGCAGCCCUAAUGACGUACAAAUGUGCGGUGGUGGAUGUUCCCUUUGGUGGUGCCAUGGCUGGCGUGAAGAUUGAUCCAAAGAAGUAUUCAGAACGUGAGCUGGAGAAAAUAACACGGCAGUUUACGGUUGAAAUGGCCAAGAAGGGAUUUAUAGGGCCUGGAACUGAUGUUGCUGCUCCUGACAUAAACACAGGGGAAAGGGAGAUGUCCUGGAUUGCUGACACCUACUCCCGCACUCUCGGCUACAAGGAUAUCAAUGCCCAUGCCUGUGUGACGGGGAAGCCGAUUAGUCAGGGAGGAAUCCAUGGGCGAGUCCCUGCCACAGGCCGUGGUCUGUUGCAUGGGAUUGAGAACUACAUCAACAACACCCUCUAUAUGAACCUUAUUGGCCUGAGCCCUGGUUUCCCUGGCAAGACCUUUGUGUUGCAGGGCUUUGGCAACACGGGCUUGCACACCAUGAGGUACCUGCACCGCUGUGGAGCAUGCUGUGUGUGUGUUGGGGAGGUGGAUGGUGCUAUUUACAAUUCCAGUGGGAUCCAUCCCAAGGAACUACAAGAUUAUAAGACAGAACACGGCACCAUUGUUGGUUUUCCAAAAGCAGAGCCUUACGAAGGCAGCGUCCUUGAAGUACCUUGUGACAUCCUCAUCCCAGCCGCUGUCGAGAAGCAGCUCACGAAGGAGAACGCACAUCGGGUCCAAGCCAAGAUUAUCGCUGAAGCUGCCAACGGCCCCACAACACCAGCAGCCCAUGAGAUCUUCCUGCAGAGAAAUAUCCUCGUCAUCCCGGACCUGUAUGUGAAUGCGGGUGGCGUGACGGUUUCCUUCUUCGAGUGGCUGAAGAACCUGAACCACGUGAGCUAUGGCCGCCUGACCUUCAAGUACGAGCGUGACUCCAACUACCACCUGCUGAUGUCUGUCCAGCAGAGCCUGGAGCGGACCCUUGGGAAGGGCAGCGGGGAGAUCCCCAUCGUCCCCUCCCCGGAGUUCCAGGCCAGAGUGGCAGGGGCCUCAGAGAAGGAUAUCGUGCACUCGGGGCUGGCGUACACUAUGGACCGCUCAGCCCAGCAAAUCAUGAACAUCGCCACGAGGUACAACCUGGGCUUGGACCAGAGAACCGCUGCCUACCUGUGCGCCAUCGAGAAGGUGUUCAGGGUGUACAAUGAAGCUGGGUUUGCAUACUGACGUGAGCUGUCCCCUGGCCUUGGCCCUCCCUGGGCUAAGGGCACAGCUGCCUGCCCAUGGCUGAAACGAUCCCGGAAAGAGACUCCCGGGGGGGAAAAAGUGCUCUUGGGGGAGGUCAGGGCAUGUUUGUCCCUGUGGCUGCAACCUCCGUCCUCCCGCGCUGCUGCCGAGGCUGCCUUGGGUUCACCUAGUUCUGUGAGUGUCACCCCAGCAGAAUUGCUGGGCUUCCUACAGGGGUACAGGGCAGGCCGUCCCCGCAGGCUCUUUCUGCGUGGUGAUGCCCAUAGUGCUGUGGCAUCUAGUGAAACUCUGAGUGCCCCUUCCCCCGACCAUCCUGGGCCAUGUUGCUGACUUCUUGUUUGUUGGAUUUCAUGGCAUUUCCACCUGCCUCUGAGCUCCACCGGCUCCUGCUCUGCUCCUGCAGCCGCCCCCGCUGCCCUGCAUGCUGGAGAGUGAUGUGGGCAUGGGCAGCACGCUCCGGCUUGUGCAGCCUCGCAUGACCGGGCCUCUGCCUCUAUGGCAGAAGGGUAGAUGGAGGCUGCUCUGUGGCACUGACGGCAGCGUGUUUUCAGCUGGGCCUCUGGCAUCUCCCCGCUGGCGGGUGUCCUGCUAGCAACGUGAUGUCUCCGGAAACGGUGAAGGGAUGGAGAAAACAAGUUGAGGGGUUUGGGGGGGCGGGGGUUGAAUGGAAAUUUGGGGAAAAAUUGAAGUAUCUGCUGUAGUUACUUGUUUGUCAAAACUAAACUUUGUUUGCUCUUUAAGAAGAGCAAUGUGUGGUGUAGAAUGGAGGUAGCCCACAGCGUUGCUUGGUAGAUUUAGGAAAUACGUAUAAAUUCUUUGGGUUUGAUGGAGUGAUGAUGUCACGUACGGCUUGUGUUCAGGAGGGAGCUGCAGCUGCACACUGAGCGGAUUUGUUUUUGCCCAAUGGCAAAUGGGAAAAAAAUUGGAGAUGUUGAAAACUGAAAACCUCACUA